AUGGAGCCAGGGACCUGUCUCUGGUUGCUGCUAUUUCUCUUGCUGCUGUUCUGUGUCUCAGACUCCCAGGCAGAGAAUGUAUAUACAAUGGUCCGUUACCGAGAAGGGGAGACACUGUCUGUUCAAUGCUCCUACACUGUCCGUUUGGAUAGAUGGGAGGGCAAGGUCUGGUGUAAGGUGAGAAGGAAGAAGUGUGACUCAGGGUUCAGUCGAGGCUCAGGCUUCAGCCCUCCAUACAAGCUCCAUGAUGACCCACAAUCUGGGCUCCUCACUGUCACUAUGGAAAGACUUCGACACCAGGACUCUGGGAAAUACUGGUGUAUGCGGAACAAUUCACGCAUCCUAUAUCCUGUAAAAGGCAUUCAGCUGGUGGUCUUACGAGCACCUCCAACUGAGAAAAACAUCCCAUUUACUACAAAGGAUACCUCCAUUCAGAAGCCAGAUUACAUCUUGAGGAUUGCUGUCACCAUGGGCUCACUGCUCGACAAGGUCAAGGACCUUCCCAUGAUUACUCCUAUCAGUACUUCUGUACCUGCCUCAGUGGGUAGGAUGCCUACUAACACAGCCACCAUUUCUUUAAUGGACACUGUGCCAAGAGUGACCCUGAGAUCCACACCAGUGACCAGAACUGUAACCACUGCCAUGUUAAAGAUAACCACAAGACCCUCAGUAACUAAUGGAUCUCCUAGCAAGGCCAGAUCCACCCAUGUUGCUUCAGUGAGCAAAGUCACAAUCAAGGCCAGAUCUUCCAGUACCCGAUCCACCACCACCAAAUCACACCUUGAGAAAUUACCUCCUAACAGUUUCUACAACUCUGGCCUUGCGGUUCCCAUGUUGUUGGGGGGAAGUUUCACGAUCCUGAUGUUUUCAGUUGUAUUCUAUGUCCUUUGGAAAAAGAAACGCAUGGGAAGUGAGUAA